UGUUUAAAGAACAAACCCAAACAAACAUCUUUUUCUUUUCCUUUCACGCGCGUUACAUUUUUUACAAUUUUAUUUAUUUACGUGACUAUUAAUUUUAUUAUAUUUUUUGCAUUUUUUUCUUGUGUUUGUUUGCCCGUAACAUUGUUGUGCGAAAAAUUAAACAAAAAAUAACUGAAAUAAAAAUGCAACUUUAUCUUUGCUUAUAAUCUCUGUCGGCAUUUUUCUUUUACAAAAACUAGCAAGUAAAUGAAUUUAUUGUUAAAUUUUUCCGCGCAAAGAGUUGAAACAAUUUUUUAUAUUAAGAUAAAUUUUACAGUAUUAUUAGAAUAUUUUAUAUCUGUAAAUUCUGUCUAAAUAUGUAUUGUUUUAUUUUUUUGCUUUUGCCAAAAAAGAUUAUGGCAAAUCUAGGACAUUCCUUCCAAAAAUUUCCUUUCGGUCUGAAAACGAAUUUUCGUUUAGAAAAAAUUGGCCAUGGGCUCCAUAAAUUUUUUAACGACGUAAAUCUUCGUACUGGAUCUAGACAACAACCUAGUUGGAGUGUAGAUUCUUCUCUUGCAGAAAUUGCUUCUCUUCAAUUAGAAUUUCGUGAUUUAGCCCGACUUGUUGAGAAUGAUACUUACGAGACAUUAUCUUUUCGUGUCUCGGAACAUAUUCACGACCAACCUUGUAAUAAACAAUUUGGGUUAUGUCCCAUGUUUAUUUCCCCAACUGAUGGACGUUUUCGAGAACCUGGCACUUUAACUUUUGGUGCUAGAGCUGAUUCUUAUUAUGAAUAUUUGCUAAAACAAUGGUUACAAACUGGGAAAACAAUUGACUGGUUAGAGAAAGAUUAUAGAAGGGCGAUGGAUUCUAUGCAAAAUAAAUUGUGGAAAGGGACUGUUUCUGGGAAAUUAUAUUUUGUUGGUCAGUUUUUGAAUAUUUUGGUGGAUAAUUUAUAUUUUUCUCUUUUUUUCUCAGGAGAACAAACAACGGAAUCAUCAAAUUCUUUAAUUAAAUUUUCUCCAAAAAUGGACCAUUUAGUUUGUUUUCUUGCUGGCACUUUAGCACUUGGUACUCAACAUGGAAUGCCCUCUAUACAUUUGGAAAUUGCUAAAAAUCUUUCUCAAACAUGUCAGGCAAUGUAUGAAAAUCCUACAGGAUUGGGACCUGAAAUUGCUUGGUUUAAUAUUAUUGAGAAUGAAGAAAAUAAAAAGACUACUGAUAAUGAUGGUUAG